AAUCAAGUUGUUCUAUCAGGCUAGUUGGAGCUCCGGUCACCCCCCUCUCCAGGCGAGAUAUCGGGUCCUAUAAACACCAUGCUGCCUGCUCCCACAUUCUCCUUCCCAUCUGCUAACAUUCUCUUCGAGCAUUUACGUUCUUGAAUUGUUUCCGUGACCUGUGUUUUGCGUGCCCUACUCGGCCGUUGGCACUUGUGGUCCGUCCUCUCCUUUUUCUCUGGAAUUCACCAUUCUUCUGAGAGCUUCUUGCCCGGUCCGCUCCAUGGCUACCGAGUGGCAACCUGGGUGUAUGCUCCCUCAGAACCCGCCGGCGCUGGAGAGUGUGGGAGCAGGCUCUGGUCGAGCUUUACAGAACACCUCUGGUAAUGCUCAGUUAUACUCAGAUCACGUUGGAAACGGCAAUGUAACUUGUGGUGAAGACCAAGUCCAGCAGCUGCCCUACAAGUAUCCUCAACCACCUCACCCUCUUCCUCACACAGUGUCGGCUCCAAACCUGAGCCAGCAGGCCCUCGCGGCUCGUCUGCAGCAGAAGAAGCUUCGACGACUGCAGUCUGCUGGUCCGCCUCUGCCGACGUCCAACGGUUCCCGGAAGAGGAGCUACCUGAAGUCCCAGAAGUAUCUUGAAUACCGGGCAAGACCUCGACGGGAUACAGGCAAAGAUGGCGAGCCUGUCUGGUCUGAUGCUUUGGAAGAUGCCUUCCAGCAGGCGUUGGAGGCCAACCCUCCUAUGGGUCGAAGAAAGUGGUCGGAGCGUGGAAAGUCAUAUGGCCGUAAUGAACUCAUUGCGGAGUACAUCUAUCGCUUGACCGGUAAGAGAAGAACAAGGAAGCAAGUGUCCAGUCACCUCCAGGUGUUGGAUUCCUUCCUCAAGGGCGACCCUGAAUGGGAGAGGCUCGUCCGCGAAAAGCCAGAGGGCUCUGGCAGCCAACCGCAGACCAGUGGUCCGCAGUAUAGGAGCUCCUUUGACCACCAAAUACCGAGAAGCUAUAGUGCUCACCUUCCAUCUACCUACCAUGACCACGCCGGUGCGGUGCAGCCUUACAGCGGGGAGCUACCGCCGCCGCACCUCACCCUUGGAUCUAAUAUCCAUGAUGCCAACACUCACUUGAUCCAUGCAUUCAACUUCGACAUGUGGGUGAGUGCCCCUCAGCAGGCAAACCGCAUCGACAAGGCCUUGCAUGUGUACACCCGCCUCCAGGGAGACCAGCACCGCCCAGCAACGCUGCCUAUGCCCUUGGAGAAUCUCAUCGGAUGGCGGGAGUCUUUUCCUCACCUUGCCUCUUUAAUUGAUGACAUCAACGGUCCCCUGGACUGCGAUAUCAUUCUCCUCGAGGUGAACCUACAGCUGAUGGGAGACUUUCCUCCAUCAGGAUCCAGACUUGGAAUUCAGCUGGACCUUGACUUUGCUCAUCCCACUGCUGGAGAUGUCUCCAUGGUUAGCCAGAUGAGAGAGUGGACAUGCAGCACGAAUAUCUACGAAGAUGGACAGAAGAUGCUGGAGACAUAUCACGAUCUCCAGAAGGCAUCGUCUACGAAGGUCAAGCCUCUUUUUGAGUCUUCGUGGUGGGCUACGCUCUUCACCCAGCUCACUCAGGAGAAGCGGUUGGCCGAAGACUCCGGCCAGCCUGAAGCUGCCCACGCGGCUGAUGAGCACACCAGGCAGUUCUUCCGCUCCCUCUCUGCGGUGCAAGAGCUACGAGCGGUUCCGCCCAGCCACCGCCGGCUUUCCAAUUUCUCGGCCAGUCAUGGUGAUGAGAGCAAGCGGAUGGCUGUUCUGCUCUGGAAAUUCCGCCAGACGCGCCCCGGAGAGGUUGGCACCACAACAUGGAGAAGGCUGAUUCCUCCUCCAGACCGGAGCACGACCAACAGCCCGCGAACCCACACGGGAGUCGAUCUGCCUCCGCUGGCGCUGGAAUCGGUGAUGUCGAAGCAGCCUCAGCAGGUAUACCAGCCUCCUCAGCAUCAUGAUCUCCUCCACCCGGGCCAGAACGUCCAGCAUCACUGGCCCAUCUAUCAGGAGACCCAUGAAAGUGUCCCUAAUAUGUUCCCUUCUCAGGGAUCCUAUGACUUUCUGAACUCUAUCUCAAAGGCAGAGGAUGGCUACGGGGACAAGACCGCAGCGAGCUCCGUUCUGGACCCUUUCCCCGGUCUGCAUCAGGAGACCACUCAGGCCAGCAGCAUCAGUGUUACAACCGCUGGACAGCCGAUGAUCAACCUGCACGAUAUUCCCUUCUCCCAGUCCCAUUAUGCCGGAUACACCAUUGCUCCCGAUGGCCACUACAUGCCUCCCCAGCAACAGCACACCAGAGCACACGAUAACAGUGUGCUGCACUCCAUCUUCGGACCACCUACCGGUACCCCGAUUGAUGAUAUGGCACACGGGCAAGCGCCACUCUGGGACUCGCAUCAGACCGGCAUUCACGGCGACCUUAACGCCAGCAACGGCGGUUACACCCACCUGCAGUACCCCAGCCAGCACCAUCAGGUUCCCGUAUCGCGCGAGCAGCGGACCGGAAACGGACUGGAAGGCAUGAUGCCUUCCGAUGACCUGAUGGACAAGAUUGUCGGGGGCGUAUCCGGGGACCCCGGCAUCCCCAACUCGGGCCCCGAUCACACCAACUCGGUUUACCCCGAGGGCACGACGGUCUGAAACAGAUUUAACAAAAAAAAUCAUGAAUAAUAAUAAUGAUGAUGGUAAUGUACGGUUUUAUCAAGGAGAAUUGGUCAGGUUCCAUUUUUUUCGGCGGCGUUUCUUUUUGGGUGUUUUUUGGUGGCAUGAUACUCCUGGACAAAAGGCAAAGCGGGCGCAUGCAUGGAUUGGGUAUUUCUGUGAUAUCUCUGGGAUCUUUUGAAUUAUUCCCUUUUUUUUUUUUUUCUCUCACUCUUUCUUUUUUACACUCGGUUAUUUUUCUUUUUCUUUUUCUUUUUCUUUUUCUUUUUUUUUUCGAGAUAGAAAAGAUAUCCUGUACACCUUGUAACUAAUUAAUAUUAGAACCUAU